AAAGAUUGAACAUCUUCUAUCAGCACAUCCUACAGAUACUAGAUCUUUUUGAGCUCUGGAGAAUUUGGAGUACAAGUCAAUACUUUGAGCUUUCUGUAAUGUUCCUGAACAAUGUUUGCAGCAUGGCAAGGUGCACUGAAACAGGUCGCUGCUAUCAGGGAAUACUGCUGGCAUGAUCUGGUUUUGCAGCAAUGUUUAGGAAGGAGCUAUGUCUCGGCAUCCUUCACGGUCUAGUUCAGAUGCCCACAUGCCCAUUGUAUUCUUUCAGCUGUAAAAAGUGUCAGCAAGUGUUCACUGACAGGCAGCAAACUGCAAUUCACUGUACAUCCUGACGCCUUUCCGCAGUAGCUACAUUAGGUUUUCAGCCACUGCAGUAGCUUUUCUGUGGGGUCGCGCUUGGCACCAAAUUCGGCAGUGUUCCAUACAAACGUGCACCAGUGAGCCUUGGGCACUCAUGGCACUGUCCGUGAUCCAAUUGUAGUUUUCUUUUACCGCUUUUGGUAGGUACCAGCCACUGCAGGACCUUGGACAUGUCUGGUCUGAACCUGUUCUCUGUCCAUCAGUAUUUGUCAUUACUCAGGGCCUUUCUGCUUACAAUACUUCAAGUUCAAGAACUGAUGUUCACUUGCUGCAUGACAUAUCAGCAUGACAGGUGCCAUUAUGACAAGACAAAGGCAAAGAGUUUGCCGAAUCAAUUAAUUUCACAGUAAACAAAUUAGUUUUUCCCCAUUGCUUGAUCUAAAUAUUUAUAAUUUUUUUAUGUGGCAUCAGAAUUAGUCGUGUAAUGACUUAUUAUUAGUUUUUACGAAGUGCUGCAAGUCUCGUUUUAAGUGGUUCACUAUGUGAUGCAGGGUGCUCCAGUAGUAUUUCCAUUGCACACUAGAACGGAAAAUGUAGUACAGGCCUGUGGGCAGUGAGGCGUUGUUCUGUAACGUUAGAGUGCUGCAGAGAUCAAAAGGCGUGACAAGCACAUGGUGUGGAAGGGUGGAGAGAUGGCUCAGUAUGGAGUUGUCAACAAAACGUCAGCUGAGAGGGACGGGCUCGUAGUCUGAUGCUGGAAACGUUCUAUCUAGAAUCAGAGCAGGUAGAAAUGUUUCCGUACAUCACAUGUCUUCGCCGGUGCUCUCUGCUAUGGCUUGUGGGUAACUUUAACAACGAACCAGAAGCCUCUACUGGAGACUCAAGAGUUGGCAUAUCAACCACAUUAAUGCUAAAACUGACAGGACCUCUGACCCUCCUGCAAGAGAACAAAACAAAAGAAGGUUCCUCGGGACUAUUAGGUACUUGUUCUGAGGAUGAAUAACUGCCUUGUGCGCUGCCUUUCAUGAUGACGACUUAGUAUUUACUGCAUAUUUGUAUCAUUCAGAAAAAUCACUUCACUCAUGCAGUCUUCUUGUGACGUGAGUAGAAACACUGUCUUGCUGCUACAGUUCUGUGGGUCCUCAGUGGGCUGGUCUCAUGUCCCUCCAUAACAGGCAAUGGAGAUUCUGACGCAAGACGCCGGCACUCCUUAUAAGCACCUGUCCUUCCGCGUCAUGCCACGCUCCCAAUAUGAAAAGCGUGUGAUUGUUUUCCACAAGAACCAGUGUGCGUAGAUAGUAAACUGACUAUAUAGUCUCUAUAGAGGUUCUUUUUAUCAUUCAACUGCAAGCACGAAAAGGAAGACUUGUUGCUUUUCUCUCCUGAUACACCAUGGAGGUAAGAGAAUAUUGAUUUCUAUCUGGUUAAUAUAAUCAGACAGCUCUUAAAGCUGCACUACUUUACUACUUUAGUAACUUAAAGCAAUCAAGGAAAGAUUUACUGUCAUUGGGGUUGUAGAUUUCUAUAGCUGUUAAGUGUGUAAGCUGAUUUUGAAAAGUUUAUUGAUAAAUACCAUAUUAAAAGCUUGCAUGUAGUUUUGUUAAUAGAUCUUUUCGAAGAAUUUUGUGUUCCUGAAUGUAGCUGAAAGAAGGUGGAGCCAGUUUUGCAUGUUUUAAUCAGUGCAAGAAGACAUUGCUUUGAUUUAUUUUAUUAUCUCUUGAGGCUUUGAGUGGAAACUCAGAGUGCAUGAUAAGACAGAACCUGAAAAGCCACCAGAGAACGCAACUAAAUCACUUAGCCCCAUUCAAAGGUUGUAAGCAUGGAUUCUGUCUUAAAAUAACAGCAAGACACCCAAAUGAACAUUCAGCCAGUUUUAAUGGCUUUAAUCUUUCAUGCUGUUAAUAGUUAAAAGAGCCCUUUCUAAUGUGCUUUCUGUGUCGGACACAAUCAGCUGUUGUGAUUCCAUGUAUAAAUAUAAGUCAGUGUAAGUACAACUAUAGUAAUAUGAGUGAGACAUGUUGUCUGAGCACCUUCCAAAGAUACAAUUUCAGUGUGAAAUUCCUUCUUUGUGGCUCUUUUGGUACUAAAAACACCAUAAUCAUUGAAGACUGGCACUCAAUUUAUUUAACUUGGCUAAAUGGAGCUUCAUAUUAAUUUCAGCUUAAGCUUUAAAUUCAUUUUUACAUGGAACAAGUUGUGUGGAUUGUGUCCAUCAUCAGGAAGACAUCUCACAAGCACCAGUGUAAUCAGAACAAAUGAUUACAGCCAGACAAGGCUUGUUUGAAAGUAGAAUUUUUUUUCAUGGGUAUUCUUUUGUUUCAUCUUGUUACCUGCACAUAACUCCUAUGGACUGCCACACUAUUCUCCAGGUGCCACACUGUGCCCAAGACGUUGGCAGCCAUGCAGCGUCACUGUUGGCUUAUCUGAACCUCCAAAGAGAACAAGCUCACUUCUGUGACUGUGUGCUGAUCCAGAGAGAGAGUCCAGCUCAGCUCUACCCUGCACACAGGUGUGUUCUGGCAGCUUCUAGUCCAGUGCUGGCAUCUAUUUUGUCUUCUACUGGUGCUCUGGUGGAACUUCAAGCUCCAUGUCUGUCUGACGCUGUGUUGACGUCUCUUCUGGAUUACAUUUACACAGGAGCUUUGCCAUUCACUCAUAGCCAGCAACAGUACUACAGUCUGCUCAAUGCCGCCUGCUACCUGCAGAUGAUUGAACUGCAGGAGGCUCUGAGGGCUUGGCAACAAACUGAGGCGAAUGCUGCAGAAAAUGCCGAUGCUUCCCCUGGAGCUGAAACUCUGCCAUACAGAGGGAUUAAGAAAACUUCUAGGACAACUAUGAACAUAUUCAGUGAUCUGCCUCCAUCACCCAAUAGUGAUGCCUUUAAAAGACUUGAGGAAACAGACACUUUCAGUGUAAAAAGUGCUACAAGUUCACCAGAAAGAAAAGCUCAUGAGUAUUCAGCAACUGCGGAAACAUUUAAUGAAACUCAGACGCAUUCAGUCAGUCGAGAUUCUAGAGACGAAGAAACAGUUAUGAGUAGAAACAGCAGUAAACACAGUUCCAACAAGUGUGGCACAUCAGAUGCAAACAGUUUGAGCACUGAAAGCAAUGCAAAUGCAGGUGACGACAGACGAGCACCUUGUCUGACACGUCAGGAUUUGAUUCGAAAUAUCACUGGCAUUGCUGAAAGGCAUGACAUGUCUGAAGUGGACAAAGAGGUCCGAAAGGAUCCGUUACAUUUGACUGCCACUAAAAAGCCAGAGAUCUGGCAGAAGAGCAAAGAAGAGGAUCUAGUGAGAGCAAUCGAGGACAGGAGGAGUUCCUCCUCAUCACCAAAUCCAAGUUGGGGGGCAGUCCCUGUCAUCUGUCAUAGCGGUAGAGCGGCUGUCCUCCAGCUGGCAGAAAUGCCUGCAGUGCCUCUUUACCUUCCAGCAGCACAGGCUGCAGGCAGCUCCAGCAGGGCUCCUGUCUCACGGUCAGCAAGCACAGACAAUGACAGCAUUGUAGAGGGUUUUUCCACUAAACAUGAAAGUCAGCAUGGAACACAGACUCUGGACAACAAACAUGAUCACCACACUGUCACACACAGUCAAGAUUACUGUGACAGUUCAGCUCAGUAUGCUAUGCAGGAUUUUAGUUACAAAUCCAGCGCAGGUAGAUCUGAUGUGUUGAAAGAGGAUUACUGCAGCAGCAAUACUGAUCGUUUUAUAAUACAGACUCAAGAACAUAUAAGAAAACGAUUGCCCCACAAUACACAACAUCUGAGGGAUGAUUCAGUGCCACAGAAGAUGGACAGGACCAAGUGGUUAAAGUCGAAAAGUGAUCUCAGUAUUGAUGGUUUCCCCUCCAAACAUAAGCGGCUGGAUUGUUUUGAGUUCUACAAUGUGUCCUUGGCAACUGCAACAGAGGAGCUCUCACAAGAUCUGAGAGCUGCAGUUUCACUUCCUGUAGGACACUCAGACACACAGAGGGACUCUGACUGUACAGAUUUGUGUGCCGAGGGAGAAGCGAAAGAGGAACUCUGUAACUCUAGAACGUGUUCAGCUGAAAUGGAUAUGCACGACAGCCAUUGCAAUCUCGAUGCAAAUAAGAUAAAUUGGUACUCAAACAUAUAUGGAGUUGGGAAAAGCACUAAAGAUUCCUCCUAUAGCCAGAAUGAACAUGAUUCAAAUUACAGACAUACAGCUAUGCAAAGCAGAGCACACAGUGCUGAUCUGUGUCUGCCUGUCUCCAUCACACCAGAGUCAAGCUUGGAUAAUGUCACUGGCAGACGCUCUCCCUUUGAAUGCUGCUCAUCUGUGGAACCUGAACAGAUCUCAGGCACUGAGACCACAGAGUUACACUUAUCUUUUAGUGCUGUGGGCCAGUCAUACCAUGGACAUGUUCAUUAUCACUGCCUACCACAGGACAACAUGCACUUAUCAUAUGGAGACUCAGAUCAAAAACACCACUCUGAUCCUUCAGGUGAGUCGAGUGACGACGAGGUUGAUACCUCUGCCACCCCAGGUCUGAGUCACCUGAAGCAGCACUUUGCUAAAGGGGCAACAGACCAAGUUCUCUUGCUGGACAUUAGCACCAAACCGGCUGAGCUGCUUGUAUCCUGUAAACGCAGAUCUGACAGAGAAGAGAGAGGGGUUCGAGAAAAGGACACGUUUGAAACUAGAAUCAGGAAUCAUGAUGGAGUCCAAAGAAAAGAAACAACACCAAGGGACGAGAUGAAAAAAAUUAGUGCUAGGACUGAGAGUUUGGAUGAGACAAAAUCUUGGGAUGGACAAGCAAAUACCGAUAAAAGAAAAUCUGCGGGUAAAGACCAAAGCAGACCAGGAGCUGAGGUUAUACAAAAAACUGGCAUUGUGAUUGAGAACCAAAUCAAUACCUGGACACCCUGCUCAGCUCCUACUGUGUCAAACUCUGUACAAGCCUCCAUGCCAUCCACCUCGUCUGUUGGCAUACCCGCUACCCUUUCAGCCAGCGUGCCAUCAAACAUAUCAGCUCAUCUGUCAAGUCCUGCUCACCAACCUUUCCAGUGUUCUCUAUGCGAUCGUUCCUUUAGCCAGCGAGGCUCUCUGAAUAGACAUGUGCGCAGUCACCUUGGCGUAAGGCCCUUCCCCUGUCCCCACUGCCCCAUGACCUUUUCACGGCAGUACCGUGUCACAGAGCACAUGCGUGUCCACCAACGCUGCAUACUUGGGACUGACUUUCAAAAGCCUCCUGCCUCUUCGGUUUGUGACAAUGAAGAAAAGCAUCAAAACUGAAAUUUACCACUGAAAGACGAUAUUACUCAAAUGUAUAUGCUUGUUUUAAGUGGCUCAUGAAGUCAGUCUUGAUAAUACUGCAAUGUGAUGAAAGUAGGCUAUUCUUAAUAAUGUGAUGGACAAAUGACUAGUAUUCAGGCAGAGUGUUUAAAAGUUCAAUUUUAGUUAACAAUGAAACAUGACAGCUUGUUCGUGGAAGCAGUGACUCAUGGCGGUUAACAAACAGAGGAAAUAGCUGGUACUUCCUCUUAGACGUGGAAAUUUCAGUCAUCUUUGGUUGUCACAUUUACAACUUUAUUUCUUUCAUGCAAACCUAACCGUUGUGGCAGCUAUUUAUUCGUGAAAAAUGCGCUCUACCAGCACCAAACAGCGAACAGUGCAGAACACGGUAGAGCAUUAAGCAGCUAAAGAGCCAGAUAUGUUC